AUGGGUCUUACGUCGGAUACGACGACGCAACUCAAACAAUUCUUCCGGCUCAAGCUGGUCAAGUUCGGAUCCGAAGACGACAAUCGACGGGCAAUGAACACGUCAAACACCGUCGAACUCGGAGCGGUUGCUUCACUUGCAGAAGCAGAAGGGUCAAGUGUGACGAAGGUCAUCCAACGCUGCAAGAAAGGCAAUAGAGAAUGUGUUUAUCCAGAGCCCACACCAGCCGGUAAAUCGGGAAAGUCCAGUAAAGUCAAGGGUUUCGUAGAAAACCUCUCUUCUGGUGAGGAAGAUGUGAUGGUAGAGAGCAAUGAUGGACUACCUACCAUUCCAGACGAUGGAGAGGAGGAUGUCACUGUCAAGCCCGAAAGCGCCGUGGAUAGUAAAUUUUCCCCCGAAAGUCAAUCGCAGUCUCGAGAGAACUCCUACCCUCCUUCACUCACGGCAGACGAAGGGCCAUCACCAUCAACUGAGAACUCGGGCCAGCCACCUUCGAAACGGCCCGUACCAUCUAGACAACAGAGCCGACAAACUGUCAAGGUUACCGGAGAUCCUGAGCCUGAUGGUGAAAUAACCUCCGACAUGCGUUUCUAUCUUGAUUACUACAAGAACAACAUAACCUGCCAUCACUACGCAAUGAAAUAUGAUGCGGAGCACUUCUAUACAAAGACUCUACUCGAGAUGACUCAGAAGAAUGCUGCUCUUCUCUAUGCCAUAGUCGGUUUCGCUGCAUACCACCAUACACUUGGCAAACCAAAUGGUAAGUUAGCAGGCUUUCUCAAAUACUAUCAUGAGUCUGAGGUCCUUGGAGACUGGGGCAACUUAAAGGGCCACAUCAACGCCGCGCGACACAUACUGACUACUCUUUACACUCCCGUGGAAAUGCAGAAGUCAAACUCACUUCGGAAAACGCUCCAGUGGUAUGUCCGCUUUGACCUAUUCUUGGCUUUGCAGACCGCGACGAGAACUAGUUUAGGGCAUGAGUGGCUGGUCGCACAACAUGAGUGGCUGGCUGCAAAAGCCAUUGAAAAGCCGGACGAUAUCGCAGUACUGUACGAAGAGCGCUUCGCUUACUCACGACUACUAGCUGGCGAAUAUGCCAUCCUUUUCGACAAGGAUCAGCCUCGUGACAGACCGGCUCAUGAAUUCGAGAGCAAAGUUGCUGACCUUAUGCAAAAGUUUGCCAGGUGGCCUUCAGAACUGAACCCUACGUUGACAGAUCCUCGAUAUCUGAUCAAUAAGUUCUCAGGGGUACCAGCUUUGAACACGGAGAUUGUAGAUCCUUACGAGCCUAGGAUUCUUUACGGGCCGGAGCGAUGGGUUACGAACCUCAUUAUGAUUGACAUUUGGGCUAUAGAACUCAUGUUUCACAUGGCCUUGUCGCAAAUGACAGGGGUCCCAACCAAGAAUCUCGAACUUAUCGACAAAGCCUACAAGUCGGCCCAGCUUUUCGAAGCCAUAGAACUGUAUCCGGGAGCUCCUUUAGGUGCAAUCAUUGAUGCGCAAGCAAGCUUUGCGCUUGGAUGCUUGCUCCUAGAUGAAGAUGAACGUACUAAGAUGUGGUGCCGUCAGAAAUUGGCCACGAUCGAGAUGAACGGAUACAUAUACCCAAGGGGAUUCCGUGAGAGGAUGACUGCUAUCUGGGGAACGGACAUGACCGCCUGGUGGCUUCCUGACGUCGAGACCUGUCCACCCAUCAUAAAAGAGCUUCGCAACUUUACGGCCGAGCGUAAUUCCGUGACCAGCGAGGACCUUGAAACUCUACAGGGUGUCUUUGGCAAUCUUAGGCUGACAAGUUCGCGCAAGAGGGGGAAGCAAGCAAACAAUUUUGGUUACGAUGGUGUGGCAUCGCCAGAGUUCACAUUUGGAAGUGAGGGAUCGAGUGAGCCUGCAUUCGAGGACAGUCCUCUCAGAUGGGACCACUCGGCCGAUGGUUACACUGGCAACUAG